AUGGAGGAGCCUCUAGACUGUGUUUUAGCCACCACCGAGACAUUCGACUCUGAGGGGACUCCUGCAGAUGGGUGGGCUGUAGCUAACUUAUGUACAGUCCUGGAGACUUUUUGUCUGGCCGCGGUGGAGCGCCUGCAGACUCCGGAGUUCGAGGAAAAAUCCUCGGGUUCAAGUCCCCAGGCCUGUGUUUGGUUCUGGGCCAUCACAGGGAAUGGUGGUUCGAAUCCACUGUUGAUAAUCAUUUCCGCGUACCGCAAUGCGUUAAGUGACGGUAUUUUAGCACUUUUCUGCCGGGAAUGGAAGAAGGCCAUUGCAGAGGAUGCUCUGAAUACUGAUGCGGGAGUGUUAUAUGAUGCAUAUGAUCGAAGACUGGUUAUCCUGAGUGCAGGCAAGCCAAUAUCAGGUCUUCAGGAUCCUGUCAACAUCACCAUAAACUUUAAGGAUAUAAAUAAAACCCAGAAACCCUCCUGUCAGUUCUUUAAUUUUUCAACAAACAAUUUCAGUACGGAUGGCUGUCUCACUCGGUGGACUGAUGGUCAGAGUGAUGUCACCUGUUCCUGUAACCAUUUCACAUACUUCGGCAUUCUCAUGGUAGAGACAUCUCCUUCUGCGCACGUCUCAAAAGAAGAAAUUGAGAUAUUAGCAUACAUUUCUGUGAUUGGCUGUAGCGUGUCUCUCUUUACUCUGAUCAUCACCGUUUUACUCUUCAUCACAAACAGGACGCUCAGAAAAGAUGUCUCUAUGAACAUCCACAUCAAUCUCGUCAUCGCCCUGAUCCUCCUCAACCUGCACUUCCUGCCCAGUCAGGCAGUGGCAGCAUACCCCUCCACUUGGCUCUGUUUCUACAUGGCUCUUGCCCUUCACUACUCCCUGUUGGCCACUUUCACCUGGAUGGCCUUGGAGGGGUUCCACCUCUACCUUCUCUUAGUCAAAAUCUUCAACAUUUCUGUCAGCAGAUACAUUCUCAAACUCAGUGUGGUGGGAUGGGGUGUUCCUGCAGUCAUUGUGUCAGUGGUGGUGAUCAUAGACAGAGGCUUUUAUGGCCAAGUCCCUCUAGACAGGUUAAACUAUGAUGACAUGAAGAUAUGCUUUAUAACCAAUCAAAUGGUGAAAAUGGUGACUACAAUGGGACUCUUCCCCUUUGUGUUUCUCUUUAACAUGUUAAUGUUUGCAGUGACAGUCAAACGUGUUUUCUGUGUUGGACAAAAAAAAGAGGUGGGACAUGCCUGGAACACCCAGGAAGCAUCCUGUCAGAUUCCCCUAUCACCUUAA